AUGAAUUAUUUAUUCAAGGAUUUCGGCAACUUAUUCGAGGAUAAAGAUCCACUCACAGAAAAAGAGGACAGUUUAACUUCAAUUUCCACAGAUUUUGAAGCGCUGUACAACAACCAGAAAUUUACUGAUGUCACUCUGAAAUUAGACAAUUAUGAAUUUCCGGUGCAUAAGGUGAUUCUGAGAAGUCGAUCCAAGGUGUUCGAAGCGAUGUUCGAACACGACAUGCAGGAAAAUCGACAACACACUGUCGACCUUGUCGAUAUGGAACCUGACACAGUCAAAGACAUGCUUCGCUAUAUCUACUGCGGCAAAGUGCGUCAACUCUCUCCUAAGGCAGCUCUCAACUUGUACAUAGCAGCAGAUCGGUACGAUUUGCAAGAGUUGGUGCUCCAUUGCCGUAAGAUUAUACUCAGCACGUUAUCUGUUGACAAUCUUUGCGAAGUAUCUGCUGUAGCCGAUUUGCACAAUGACCAAUUACUUACUGGAGCAGUGAAAUUUGUUUUAUGCAAAGACAUGAAAGAAGUUUUAAAGACAGACAAAUGGAUAAUGUUUUCCAAAGAGAACCCAAUUUUGUCCUUAAAUUUAAUUAGGUCCGCAGUUCUAAACGAAUGA